AUGACCCCCAUCGCAACGAGCAAUGGCGCCGCCAGAGAAGCUUCUGGUGGCCGGCCUCGUAUCCUCAUCCCGGAAAAGGUAUCGCCGGAUGGCCUGGCAAUGCUGAAACCGCACUUUGACGUCGACGUCAGGCUGGGCAUGACUCCCGAAGAACUCAUUUCGCAGAUCCCGGGGUACCAUGGCCUGAUUGUCCAGUCCGAGACCAAGAUAACAGAAGGGGUCCUGGCUGCUGGCAAAAAGCUUCGAGUGGUAGCAAGGGCAGGCGUUGGCGUUGACAAUAUCAACGUACCAGAGGCGACCUCGCGAGGCAUCAUUGUCGUCAAUUCGCCCUCGGGGAACAUUCUCGCCGCAGCAGAGCACACCAUCGCCUUGCUCCUGGCCACUGCUAGGAACAUUGGCAGGGCAGACGGAAGCUUGAAGCAGGGGGGCUGGGAACGGAGCAAGCUCGUCGGCAUCGAGGUGGGACGAAAGGUCCUGGGCAUCGUGGGGCUGGGCAAGGUGGGCAUGAACGUGGCACGCAUGGCGAAAGGCCUCGGCAUGCAGGUCAUGGCUGUCGACCCGUAUGCGAAUCCGGACAUGGCACGCCAGGCAGGUGUUGACCUAGCAUCCAGCUUGCACGAGAUCCUCCCCAUCGUGGACUUUCUCACCAUCCAUACGCCGCUGCUCGCAACCACUCUUGAUCUCGUUGGUCAGGAAGAGUUCAAGCUAAUGAAAAAGACAGCCCGAGUCCUCAACGUCGCCAGGGGAGGGGUCUAUAACGAAGCAGCGUUGCUCAAAGCUCUCGAUGAAGGAUGGAUUGCUGGAGCUGGAAUCGACGUCUUCACUUCAGAGCCCCCAGCAGCAGACUCGGCAGCUGGUCUGAUAGCCAAGCAUCCCAAAGUGGUGGCCACACCUCACCUGGGAGCCUCCACCAUUGAGGCGCAGGAAAACGUAUCAAUCGAUGUGUGCACGCAGGUGCUCGAGAUCCUGCGAGGCGGCCUUCCCACCAGCGCCGUCAACGCCCCCAUCAUUCUGCCCGAGGAGUAUCGCAAACUCCAGCCCUUUGUGCAGCUGAUUGAGAAGAUGGGCCGUCUCUACAUGCAGCAUUUCGUCAGGUCCAAAGGAGGCCUCGUCGGCGGACGCACCUUUGAACUGGUCUACCACGGCGACCUGGCGGGCAUGCCCAACACGAAGCCGCUAUAUGCAGCAUUGGUCAAGGGGCUGGUCGCCUCGUUCAGCGAGACGCACGUCAACAUUGUCAACGCUGCCUUGAUUGCCAAGGAGAAGGGCAUCAAGAUAAGCGAGACGCACUCGCACCAGCCGGGCGAACAGACGUACGCGAACCUGGUGACGCUCAGAGCGCAUGCAGACGACGGCAGCGGCCAGCAGACGAUUGAGGGAUACGCAUCGGGCAAGCGGCUGUACAUCUCCAAGCUGGACCGCUUCAGCGCCACGUUCAGCCCCGAGGGCACCAUGAUCAUCCUGCACAACUAUGACGAGCCGGGCAAGAUUGGAGGCGUCGGCAUGGUGCUGGGCUCCCACGGGAUCAACAUCCGGUUCAUGCAGGUGGCCAGCCUGGACCCGGAGCUGAAGGGGGCUGAAGCAGGUGCUGUGAAGGAAAACGAAGCUCUGAUGAUUCUGGGGAUUGACCGGCCGGUCGAUGAGAAGGUGAUGGAGGGACUGCGCAAGUCUGAGGGCGUGUUGGACGUGGUGCUGGUGCAGCUGUAG